UGCUGGGAAUACACGUCAACUCAGCACUUCUACCAAUUCAGCGAGCGAACCGCUCAGUUUGUGUGUCUUCCUGGAAGACACUGCAAGCAACAGAUCGCAAAUGAAACACAUUAAGACAGGGAAACAGCGUAUUCACGAUGCUGCUCCACAUUGCAAAGAAGCAAACAAACAAAACGUAGUGGCACCCGUGUUUAUACGUGAUUCUGCAAGCAGUAACGUUACUGCCACGGAAAGACGGCAGUAAAUGCUUUUCUGGUACAUUUCAAAGGGAAAAAAGGAAAGGAAGAAAGUGGGAGAAAAUAAAACCGGAGAACUUACUGAAACUGCGUUAAGAGACAUGUCUGAAAGUCAUCUCCAGCUUACAAUAAAGCAGGAAAGAAACUCGUACACGCCUCUGAGCAGCCCUUUGCCAAGCGCCACUUCCUCUCCUGUACAUGUUCCAACACUGCGGGCCAGCAGGAUGGAGGAAGAGCCUGUUAGACUGCCUGCACACCUGCUGUAAACAUUUCUCGUUGACUGGAAAGGGGCAUGAGUCAGGCUUUACUGCGCUUGCAGCCACUGUACUGGAGUCGGGAGGAUGUAGCGCAGUGGCUGCAAUGGGCUGAGAAGGAAUUUUCUCUGCACCCCAUCGACAGCAACACCUUCGAAAUGAACGGCAAGGCUCUCCUGCUUCUCACCAAAGAAGACUUCCGCUACCGGUGCCCUCAUUCCGGUGAUGUCCUCUACGAGCUUCUCCAGCACAUCCUGAAGCAGAGGAACACUCACACCCUGCUCCUGUCCAACUGUUUCCCAGGAAACUCCCUGCAGCCGCCACAAGAGGUAACUCUGCAGCACCACCAGCUGGAAGAAACAGUCCGAAGAACCACCAGAGCAGCAGAGAGCCAGAUCCAUCACAACCCUCCCACCAUCGAGCUUCGGCAUCGCCCCCGCUCCCCCCGACUGAACAACCAGGGCCCCUCUCCGGACCCCGAACUGCACAGGCAGCACCUCUCCCUCAACGGUGCCCCCCGCAGGCUCUCCCCGGAGGAGAGACUGCACCCCCGCGGCCACACCCAUCACCCCCCCCCAGCCUCUGAGGAGCCCUACCACCUCUCGGUCUCCCCGCCAAUCGAGAACAAUAACCACCGCUGCCCCACCCCCUCCGAGGGCAGCCCCCGCGUGAUCCAGCUCUUACACCCGCUCCUCCUCAACGCCCCCCCGCGGGAGGGCCGGCCCAGGAACCUGUCCCAGCGAGAGGAGCUGCUGUACAGGAACCAUGGCAUGCUGCCCGUCUCCCCUCCAGAGGAGCAGGGGGUACCCAUCGGCAGGAUAGCAGACUGUCGGUUGCUGUGGGAUUACGUGUAUCAGCUCCUCUCUGACAGCCGGUACGACAACUACAUCCGCUGGGAGGACACGGAGACCAAGGUGUUCCGGAUAGUGGACCCCAACGGGCUGGCUCGGCUCUGGGGAAACCACAAGAACAGAACGAACAUGACCUAUGAGAAGAUGUCUCGCGCGCUGCGGCACUACUACAAGCUGAACAUCAUCAGGAAGGAGCCAGGACAGAGACUGCUGUUCAGGUUUAUGAAGACCCCUGAUGAGAUCAUGAGCGGCCGGACUGACCGGCUGGAGCACCUGGAGUCUGAUCUGGAUGACCAGCUGUACGUAGAGGAGGGCUGCUGAGGAGCACGAGACCGACAGCAGUCUACAGAAAGCACAAACAGGUGCGGCAUGCGUCUUCAAGCCAUGCAGAACCUAAUCAAACACCGAAGAGACUGAGGAUCUACCGACUGCCUUGGGGAAUAUCCGGAUUUUAUACAGGAGAGUGACAACUUUCAAUUUCCGGAUACAAUCUGGCUAAACUUUUGGGAUGCUCCUCUUUUUUUAUGUUUUUGUCAACGUCGUUUUUUUAAGGAAUUUCAUGAUUUUCUGUUUUUAUUUCAUUUUUAAAAUUACAGGAAUUGUGAUUGAUUUGAGGAGUUAUAGUCAGUUUAAAAAAAAAAAAACACACUUUUGGAGAACUGGGAAUUCUUGAAGAUCCCAACAUCCACUGGGAUUUGGAGGUGCUUACUGGUACACAUCUGCUACAGUCUCAACUACUGUUUCUGUGUCCAACUGUGGGCAAGUCUCCUUGUGCCUUGCUCCAGCCUUAUCUGGUCAGCUGGGCAUUGGGCCCUUAACCACCUCAAAUUUCUAUUUGUUUUUUUUGUUAAAUAAAAAAUCAGAACAGGAUAGCUUGCAGUCAUGGUGCAACUGGAAGGGAAUAUAAAAAAUAUAUAUACAGUGCCUAUAGAAAGUCUACACCCCCUUGAACUUUUUUUAACAUUUUUUGUUGUGUC